AUGAGACGGCUCCUUCGAGGCUCCAUCAGCCGGGCGUAUCCACGGAAGCGCCUGUUUUACAAGCAAUCUCGGAACCACUAUGGCACCGUUUGUUGCCCGAGUUGCAAAGGCUUUUUCCGGCGCUCCUUCCUGGCAUCCAAGAACCUGGAGUGCUAUCGGGGCAACUGCUGCGUGAUUACGAAAGGCACGCGCAACAAUUGCCGUGCGUGCCGAUACAAGAAAUGUCUGAAUGCUGGCAUGAACCCUAACGCAAAUAUUGUUGCACUGCCGCAAGUGAUCGGCGUCCCUUCUGUUGACCCUCUAUUCAUGAAUGCCGAAGAAGCGAAAAUUCUUGCCAGUUUUUACGUGAAUCUUGAACGCUACUGCGACAACUCGGUUUUUAAUGGGAAUGAGAUUUGUUUGCAAGAAGAAGAAUUUCUCAUCAACCAGAUGUUGGACGCCUCUGUCGAGGACCUGUUGAUGAAACGCCGACCGCAAUGCCCACGAUUUCCCAUAAUCUGGAAACCGCAUCAGAUGGUCAGCGGCAAAACGUUCAAGCGAAUUUACGCAAGGCUCGUGGUCUUUUUCUGCGACUGGGUCAACCAUAUACCUCUCUUCAAGAGUCUCUGCGUUUCCGACAAGGUACAACUGUUCAUCGCGCGACUCACCCAGGUGCUGCUAUUGAACAUGUGCUAUCGUACCUACAAGGAAGGCUGUGGCGGUCUUCUGCUCGGCACUGGCUCCGUAUUCCCAUUUGACAAGGCCCUACGCAGCCAGAUUGAGGAUGAUCAAAUCCGGAACAUGCUAUCUCAGGUUGUGGAUUCCGUAUUUGCUGACGUCAUAUUCCCGAUGAAAGACCUCGAUAUUAAUGAGGACGAAUAUUGUAUGCUCAAGGCGACACUUUUCUUAUUUGAAGGCUUUCCCUUUAAUCAGUUGACCGAUCAUGGGAAAGAAGUGCUGGUGAGGGAGAAGCAGCGACAUAAGGCUGCCCUCGUCGCGCUAAUUCUUCAGAAGAAGGAAGCUAACCCGGCCAUUGAUCACUUGUUUAAGCUAAUCCAGGUCGAGCAUCUCACCACCACAAUUGAGGCCGUCUCCAACUAUAUCGACAAAGAAUUUGGGUUGAUGAACCUGUUUUCUUUAUCGGGGAUGCGCGGCAACCUUGUCCACGAGUGCCAUGUCAUGAAAUAUGCAUUUUGU